GGCCGGUAAAUUGAUUGGCCGCCCGCCGGCUCCGUUGGGCCCUCGAGCCCAUGGAUCUGGUGGCCAAAGAUCCCAUGGCAAGCCCUAUACUGUAGGAUCAUUGCUGGUGGCCUCGGCCGGGGGAAGCUGAUCGGUGCCUCGGAACUGGUGGAGCUCGGCAGCGGAGGACAUGAGUGGACAUUGGGGGGAAGCGCAUGCAGGUUAGAGUUUGGAAGUUAGCAGGUUGCGAUACCUGGUUAACAACUGCAGCUGUUUCCUGUGAAGAUGAAUCAGAGCAGUGAGUCCUCUGUGGGUGAAGCCAGGGAGCUGAGCAAGUCACCACUACUCAGCAUCCACAGCCAGUCAAACUUCAGCCUGCAGCCUGAAAGGAUGUGGUCUCCAGAGAUCCCUGUGAUCAGGAGGCAGACUCCCAGUCCACAGCUACCACUCUGCAUAGACAGCGACUGGGAGAGUCGGGAGGAACUGCGACUGCGUGAGCUGGAAGAGGCUCGAGCCCGUGCAGCCCAAAUGGAGAAGACAAUGCGCUGGUGGUCAGACUGCACGGCCAACUGGCGUGAGAAGUGGAGCAAGGUGCGGGCAGAGAGAAACAAGUGCCGGGAAGAGGUGAGACUGCUAAGACAGAAGCUGGAGGCACUCAGCAAAGAGCUGACCGCAGUAAAACGUGAAAAGCAGGAACUUUUCAAUGAGAAUGAGCAGUUGAGGUUGGAAGCUGCAUGGAUAAAGAACGGUCAGGACGGUGAGCACACAGUGGACAAUAAAUUGGUGUCUGAGAAGGAGAGUGUGAUCUUAAACAUUCCAGAACAGGAACCAGUGCGAGAUGUUGGAAGAGAGAAAACUUCUAAAAACAAGGACCUGGACUUUAUGGAAGUGAUUCUGAAAAAUGAGCAGGAAAGCUCAGAGCCAUGGGACAAGCACACUGCUCAGAGCAUGCGUACUACGUUCAGCCGCCAAGAGAGGAACCGCAUCCUAUGGGAAGAAGUGUCUAUACUGGAAGAGGAUACAACUAAAGUCACUGCAUUACAGUUGCGUCUGGAUGAAUCCCACAAAACUCUGCAGAAAGAGAGAGAAGACAAGAAUGCACUCGGUAAGAACAUUGAGAAUUUGGAGGCAGAUAUCUCGCAAUGGAAAAUGAAGUAUGAAGAGCUCAGCAAAUCUAAGAAAGAGGUGCUUAAACAGCUGAACAUGUUAAAGGAAUUGCACCAGGAUGAAUUGGGUCGGAUAUCAGAAGACCUGGAAGAUGAGCAGGGAGCUCGGACAACCAUGGACAAAAAACUUGCAGAACUGCGGGCUGAGAUGGAGAGACUCCAGGCAGAGAACACCUCUGAGUGGGGCAAGAGGGAACGAUUGGAGACCGAGAAGCUGAACCUUGAAAGAGAGAACAAAAAGCAGAGGGCACAGAUUGAGGAUUUGGUGGAAGUAUUGGCCAAAAAAAGGAAGCAGGUUGCAAGUGCCCUGGACAUGGACUUGAAGACCAUUCAGAACGAGCUUUUCGAAAAGAAUAAGGAGUUGUCGGAUCUCAGGCACGUUCAUGCCAAGCUAAAGAAACAGUAUCAAGAAAAAAUGGCUGAGUUGGCACAUGCAAACAGAAGAGUGGAGCAGCAUGAAACAGAAGUGAAGAAACUGCGGCUACGAGUGGAAGAGUUAAAGAAGGAGCUGGCAGUGGCUGAGGAUGAGGUGGAUGAAGCUCAUAACCAGGCCAGGAGGUUGCAGCGGUCCUUGGAUGAACAGACAGAAGAGUCUGAGAACCUUCAGGUACAACUAGAGCACCUGCAAACAAGGUUGAGGAGGCAACAGACAGUCUUUGGGAAAAGAAGCUCAUGUUUUGACCCAGAUGAUCCCAAUGAGACUGGCAGUGACUUUGAUGAUGACCCCGAGUUGUUGCAGCUGCAGAUCCCUUGAGCAAGCAAUUGGAAGGUUGGUGGACCAGAGGGAGGAAUCUCUCCAGAAUGUCAGCUACUACAUUGCCAGCAGCAGGCCAAGAGGUGGUUUGGGGCUUUAUGAAACAGGAGUUUCCGAAACUAUUCCUAUAACAUAAUUCUCUAAAAAUAACUCUCACCACCUUCAUUAAUGGACUUUGUAUCCUUUCAAAAUAUAUUUAUGCAUAUAACUGAUCGCUGUACACUAUAUUUACAUGAAUUUUCUAUUAUAAACCCGAGUACUUAGA